GUUCUGCAGCCAAUGCCACCGGCUCUAGCUCUAGCUCUGGCCACAGUGGUGGCGCACCACAUCGUGAUAGCCACCAUUAUGAUCGAAGAAAAUUAGAAUCAUCGCCUCGUCAUCACUCAGCUUCCGUCACAUCGCCUUCCUCUCGCUCAUCCUUGAUGAUAUCACCAUUAAAAGUACUGAUACAGUCGGUAUUCGUUGUCCCCUGUGCCAAAAGAGGAUAGAUCCAUUAGAGUAUGACAAGCACUACAAGACUGAGCUUUCGAUGAUCCAGCGGCAAAAAAUCGACAGAAAAGAAACCGCCAGUCGGUCAAGGCCAGCAGCAGUGAGCGGCCAGCAGGCAGGAUCACGGACACACACAUCAAACCAGCUACCGUCCGGCAACAGGGUUAAAGACCUAGAGGAUGGAGAGUUACAAGACGAAGAAAAAGAGGAAGAAGAAGAAGAAGAGGGUGAGCAUAGGGACACUGCCUCUCCCGGCAAUAGCAGCAGUAUAAGCAAUAUGAGCAGUAGCAGAAAAGAGGCGGUGGGCGGGCCGCGUAGAUCUGGACGGAUGCGGACGCAGCGGGUCCUGGUCAAUGUGGCGCCACCCAAGCCAACCACGCCGCCGCCGGUGAUGAGCCGCCGACGGACAGACACAGCGGCGGCGGUGGCGGCAGCAACAUCGCCUUUGGCCAAGUCGGCAUUCGAGGGCUCAUCGCAUAAGCGGCGACGGCCUAAUCUCCGGACAUCGCGCAGCAGCAGCAUUGAAACGCCUCCGGUAAUUGCGCAGGAGGACAGCCAGCGGUCGAGCACGCAAGGCAGCAACACAAGAAAUAAUAACAGCGGCACUAAUCCAGUGAAAUGCUUUAUUUGCAGUGCGCUUCUGGGCGGCGACAUGGAUGAGAUCAAUGCGCAUAUCGACCAGUGUCUUAUUGACACGUCGGCGGAGAACACUGGUGGGGAGGAGGGCCCUACGGUGGAGUAUGAGUGGGGUGGGCAGACGCGGGUGCGAGCCACAGCUAUGCUGGAGGGUGGGGUUUCAGCAGCCCUGGGAUUUUCGGGGUCACUGACAGUUGAUCGAGACGAGGACGUGGAUGUGGAUGCGGAGGACGAGGCCUGCUUUGGAGUUGCCCAGUACUCGGAUGCGGAUCUGGUCAUUAAAAGCAGCGAGUCGCGCGCAGGUAAUGUGCCGUUGGUUGCUGCGGGCGGGCCGCAGUGGGAGGAGACGCCGCUGCCGCUGGACGAUGAGGCAUCAGCACGCGCUGCGCGGGAAGAGGAUCUCAGGCGACACAGCGGCCGAUUCGGCAGCGGAUUCGGCAGCGGCGGGGCAUCGCAGCUGGUCAUUGAUGCGCUGAAGGAACGGAUUCGACAGCAGGACAAGCUUCUGCAGUCAGCACACAAAUGCCUGAUCUGUCUCGAGUCCUACGACCGGCCGUGCAUAUCAGUUAGUUGCUGGCACGUGUACUGUGAAAAAUGCUGGCUCCAUACUUUGGGAACAAAAAAACUCUGCCCGCAAUGUCUUCAAAUCACACAACCAACGGAUCUACGAAGAAUAUAUUUAUAAAGUAAUUGUUUUCUUUGGUUUAGGCUGUUACUUUU